GUCUUAUUCCUUUCCGACGUUUCGUUUCCCCAGAAAACCAUGACGACGAAUCCGAUCAACGAAGAACCGGUGAACGAACCUCCAAACGACGCCGUACAACAGACUGAUGAUGAUGAUGAUGAUGACGAUGACGAGAAGCUUCCUUUUUCACUAACCUUGGGUUCAAAAUCGUAUUCCUCUCAGAUCCGUCCGAAGACGCCACCACCGGAGUUCGCUGGACCUAUGACAACGUGGCCAACACCUGCUGAUUUAUUGGCGGCGCGUUCUAUGCCUCCUCAUCCCACUCCGUCGCCGUAUCUGAUAUCGUCAUGGCUGAAUGACUAUCCUCACCAGGCACCGAAUCCGCCGGCGAUCAGACCAGUUCGUGGUUACAGAUCACAAUCCACCGCAAGUCAGAAAUCGAAUACGAUUUCUCCGCCGUUUCCAUGGGCGACUAAUCAACGUGGGGAGAUACAAAGCCUAGAGUAUCUCGAAUCGAAACAGAUCACAACCAUCACCGGAGAGGUGCAAUGUCGACACUGCGAGAAUGUUUAUCCGGUAAGCUACAAUCUAAAGGAGAGAUUCGCGGAGGUUGAGAAGAUUUUCAUAACGAGGAAGAGGAUAAUGAGAGAAAGAGCUCCUUCGAUUUGGCUGAAUCCAGAACAACGGAGAUGUGAGCUUUGUGGCCGUGAAAAAGCUGUGAAACCGGUGAUUGCUGAACGGAAAAGUCAGAUUAAUUGGUUGUUUUUGCUUUUGGGACAAACGUUGGGUUUUUGUACAUUGGAACAGCUCAAGAAUUUCUGUAAACAUUCGAAGAGUCAUCGUACUGGUGCUAAAGAUCGUGUUCUUUACUUGACGUAUUUGGGUCUGUGCAAGAUGCUUCAGCCUAAAUGUGACCUCUUUACUCGUGACAACGGCUCUAAACGGUGAGCUGAUUUCUAUCUUCUUCUUCCUUGGUUUGAUUCAAUUUCAGUUUUCUUUUGUUGAAGAUCAUUUGAAACUUUGAUUCGUUUUUAUUUCACGAUAUUUGGACUGUUGCUUUUAGGAGAAUAAUUGUGCAAUUGCAUU